AUGGUUUCAAAAAAGAGAAAGACCCUUCAAGGAAGUGAGAUAGUGGAGGAAGAAGUCGUUGAGCCGCAAAGAAAGUACACUGCUGGUAAGCAGCCCAGGCUGGAAGAGCAGCUUCCUCCUGUGGACUACCAUGCUCCGCUAGACCCUGACAGCGAACUCUUUGGAGCAGAUGACUGGUUUAUUCCUAAGUUCAAUUUGUUCAUUUCAUUCACAUUGGAUCAUCUAGUCGAAACCUAUAAAGAAAUGUUCAAAGACUUCAUCAAGCUUCCGAGUCGAAAAUUCCACCCUGGUUAUUUCUAUAAAAUUGAUCAACCAAUAUCGAUUAACGAGAUCAAAUCAAGAGACUACGAAUUUCUCAACGGUCACCGGACAUUCUUGUUAGACAUCGAGUUAGUUCAGAAAAACUGUGUUUCGUACAACGAUCCAGAGAGCUUGAUCGCCAAAAAUUCCAUGCAGGUUGUAAACUACGUGAAAUACGAGGUUUUGAAGGCUAAGAACGUAACGAGAAACUAUUUAAUCAACGCUGAAGUCAAAAAGCACCUCUUAAAUGCCCUCGGUCAAGUUUUGAACGCAACGGAUUUGUCGAUUGCAACACUCGUUGAUAAGCCAGUUGAAGGCCUGGAUGAUACCAUGCACAUUUCAGAGCCAUUCGUCGAUGUCAUUUUGGAAGAAGAACUCCCAGAAUACUAUGAGGUAAUUCACCGACCCAUUGCCCUGAAUCUGGUCAAGACUAACUUGGAAAUGGACCACUACACAAAGAUCUACGACUUUUACAUCGACAUGCUUCUAGUAUUUGAAAACGCUCUAAUAUACAAUGAACCAGAGACCCUAAUGUACCAAGACGCCGAGAAGUUGCUCCGAUUUUUCAGAAACUUGAUGCAGAAAUCUUUUUUCGUCUCCCUUAAGGAUGCGAGCGAGCGUGGAGAGGUCAAGCUCGAAUAUGACAAGUUCGAGUACGAACAAUACCUUGCCAGUGGGGGCAGUGAAGAGAAUGUCGAAGGGGAGAACGAAGCACCUGAUUUGGAGGAUUACGAUUUCAAUCAUUACGAGGGUCUAGGAAAUGGAUACAACAGGACUUUAUUUCCCGAGGACUACCUACUUGGCCCCAACAAAAUGAAGCCAGGUGAGUUUGCUGCGAAAAGAAUUGUUUUAGAGCCCACAGAAGAACUACCUGACGUGAACAAGUUCAAUAUUUUUAAAUCGCUUGGCAUUGACAUUGCGAAGAAGAGCGAAGAAGCGACACCCUAUUCUUUGAUUCAAGAGAUGGUUGUUUCCUCAUCCAGCUCAUAUUACAGACAGGAAUCUAGGCCUACGCAGGUCACGCAACAACCUUCUUUGAGCCAGUGCUGGGUGGAGUAUAUUAUAGAGGGCAAAAAUAUAACCAACAAGGAGAACAUGAUAUCUCUGACUUUACCACCGCCUCAGACAGCUGUGACGAUAAUGACUCAUCUUGAGCCGGGAUCUCAUUGCGAGUACAGCUUGUUAGUUAAUAAGGAGGAAGUGAGUGCAUGUCCCAGUGCAUCAACCGGAGAUCUACCUGCAGCACCACGGUAUGAAGUUCGGCUCAUUGAAGGCAACAAUCGUCUCGAAUUUAAAUGUCAAGAUUUGAAACGCGACACCACAGAGGUGGUCAAGCUAUGGAUCGUCGUGCUACCAUGA